AUGUUGUGCACCACACGCCAACCAGUGCUGGGCCACGUCAACUACCCUGGGGUCGCAUCCUACGAGUCGCGAACCCCUGUUCCAUGCACCAUGUCUGAAGAAGACGGUCGCGUCAUCAAGCAGGAGGAGGAUUACACGAAAGAAGUGGAUGAAGCCCUCCCCAAGGCCUCGGCCCUCGCCGACAAUGGCCAGCUCCACGAGGCCAUCGAGUCACUGAUGCCGCUCGAGAAAAAAUCCCGCAUCGCCGCUGACAUGAAAUCCACUAGUCGUCUUUUGGUUCACAUCAUGGACAUGUGCUAUCAACACAAGGACUGGGCCGCCAUGGGCGAGCAAAUUAUCGUUCUCAUGAAGCGCCGCGGACAGCUCAAAAAGGCCGUGUCAGACAUGGUGACCAAGGCAUGUGAAUACCUGGAGCAGAUCCCUGACGAAGCAACCACCCUCAAGCUCAUUGACACCAUUCGUACGGCGACCACCGGCAAGAUCCACGUCGAGAUGCAACGCGCUCGCCUGACGCUCAAGUUGGCGCAUAUCAAGGAGGCCAAGGGCGAGAUUGAAGAGGCGGCCGAUGUGCUGCAAGAGCUGCAAGUGGAAACAUACGGCUCCAUGGAGAAGCGGGAGAAGGUUGAGUUUAUCCUGGAACAGAUGCGCCUCUGCCUGGCCAAGAAGGAUUGGGUGCGCGCCGGCAUCAUUGCCAAAAAGAUUGGUACCAAGUUCUUCGAAGCCGAGGACACGGACGACCUCAAGCUCAAGUACUACCGUCAAAUGAUUGCCAUUGCCCAACACGAGGAGAGGUAUCUCGACAUGUGCCGCUACUAUCGCGAGGUGUUUGACACCAAGACAGUGCAAGACAAUGAAACCCAGUGGACCGAGGCACUACAACGGGCCAUUGUGUUUCUCAUCCUGGCCCCCUUUGACCACGAGCAGUCAGACCUCUUGCCGCGCGUGAUGGCGGAGCCCAAGUUGGAGCAGCUGCCGACUUACCGUGCCUUGUUGGACCACAUCACGUCCAAGGAAUUGGUACCUUGGCGCGUGUUUGAGGGUUCUCAUGGUGACGUGCUCAAGAGCACCGGUCUCUUUGAGGGCGACGCGGGUGCAAAUCUCUGGAAGACGCUUCAGACACGCGUUGUCGAACACAACAUCCGCAUUGUGGCUGGUUACUAUGAGCGUAUCUCGACGCAGCGUCUUGCAGAACUCCUUGAGCUGGAUGAACUGGCGGCGGAGCGCCACCUGUCGGAGCUUGUCUCCAAUGGCACAGUCACGGCCAAGAUUGAUCGGCCGGCCAAGGUCAUUGUUUUCCAGCUGAAGAAAAAGCCCAUUGCCGUUCUCAACGACUGGAACAACGAUAUCAAGACACUCAUGAAUUUGGUGGACAAGGCGACACACCUGAUGAACCGGGAGCGCAUGAAUCAUCUGACAACUUAUCCUCUCUUCAUCCCAAUCCCCAUUCCACCCUUUUCUCUCAAAACUCUCAUUCAAUUCUUCCCUCUCUCUGAGCCAACUGAGAGAGAGAGUCAGAGUGAUGGCGUUGUUGGCAGAGAUGGCAACUGGGAAGCAAUAUUGCGCGAUGAAAUUGCAAAUUAUGCCCCAGAGGAGACUAAUCCUCUUCUCGGUGCCACGUACCGAGACAUGACCACGCGCACCAAGGUCAUGCUGCUCAAGGAGCUCAUCGAGUGGCGGAUGCUUCACGGCCCAGAUACCCGCCAAGGCGUGGACAAGGCUAUUCAGGAUUGUGGAACAGAUAACCUCCGAUUGACAAGUCUGGGCAAGGACAACGAAGGCUACGAAUAUUACUACUUUGUCGGAACCCGCCUCUACCGCGAACAGCCUCUCCGUGAUGAAGUGCAGCUCGACCGCAAGAGCCCGCGCCGCCGCUCUCGUACCAAGCGCCCUAGCAAAACUCAAAAAGCACAAGGCCCUCCACCUCCAGCGACGGCUGCUGAGGGUGGCAACGCCCUACCCGUCUUGUUUGAGGGUGACUAUGCGCGCCCACCGUGGGAAGUCAUCUGCCUCACGGCUGAGGACUGGGAGCAGCUCAUUGCCACCCUUUGCAAGACAGCCAAAAAGAGUCAGAGUUUCGCAUUAGGCGAGUUCAUCAAAGAGGAAUUUCUCGAAGAUAUUCAACAGCUCCAAGCCUCUGAGACUCGGCGUCGCAAGCGCUUGGAAACCAUCAUGGCCGCCAAGAUGGCUCCAACUCGUCGGUCAGCCCGCCAAGAGGCCCUGCACGUCAUGGAGGAGCAGCGACGGGAGGAGGAGCAACUUCGCAAGGAGCAACUGCGUCAAGAGAAGCUCGAGCGCAUUCGCGAGCAGCAGAUCAAAGCUGAGGAAGCGCGGCAACAGGCCAAGAUGGCGCGGUUAUCGGAGCGCGUAGCCGAACGACAGGCCCUCAUUGAGUCUGGUCGUGCCUCGGGCCUCAUCGAGCCGACAGCCGUGCCCUACGACCUGUCCAAUGUGGAUGACUGGCGCAAGGACGUUCAAGGCAUCAUGGAGCGCCUGCAGGCACACCGCGAUGCAUGGCCGUUCUCUCAACCGGUGGAUGCGGCAGAGGUGCCAUAUUACAAUGAGGUGGUGCGCUACCCCAUGGACCUGACCAACAUUGCUGAACAACUGGAAGCCGAUGUCAUCCCCAACGUGGAUGAGUUUGCCGCCGAGGUCUUCUUGAUGCUAGACAACUGCAAAAUUUUCAACGAUGCCGAGACGGUGUUCCACAAGUCUGCCGAUGUCUUGCAGACAUAUUUCCUCAAGCGCAUGACCCGCACUUUUCCGGGCUGGGACUCGACCUAUGCCAAGGGCCUUGCAGCAACGCAAGCCGCCUCGUGGGAUGAAUACAACAAGAACAUGGCAGCAGAGGAAGAGGAGCGAGAGCGUAAGAAACAGGCUCGGGCAGAACGCAAGGCGGCCAAACAGGCUGCCAAGGAGGCUGCUGAAGCUGAAGAGCGCCGGCGUGCACAGGAGGAGCAACAGCAACGCGAAGCCCAGGCGGCCGCCGAGGAGCGCCGGAAACAGAUUGCGGCCCUGCAGGCUCAACUACAGCAGGAUCGCGCACAGCAAGCCGCUGGAUGGCAGGCUCAAACUCAGACGCCCGUGCAGACCAUAAUGCGGCCCGCAGCCUCUCACACGCAGGCGGGCAACCCCGUUUCCGUUGCUCAGCCGGCCGCCAACGGUGCUCCGCCCGCCAAGCGCGAAGCCUUGUCCCGCCCUGCGAUUCCCCAGACUAGCGCGGUGGCCAAUCACGUCAACGGUGGUUCCCAGAUUCCAACAGCCGGCAUGCAUUUGAACCAAGCCCCAGUCCAGUCGCUGCAGCAGCAACAGUAUCAACGACAGCAGCAGCAAUUUCAGCAGCUGCACGAGCAACAGCAACGCCUGGCCACCCUGGCUCAGACUGCGCAAGCCGCACCCUCACUGACGCACCCGACCAUUGCCACUGCUGGUCUGUCGACACCAUUGUCUGGCACAUCUGCUGUGGUCAAUAAUGCCCCCCACCCCCAACCACAGCAACAGAAAACCUCAGCACCGCUCCCGCCACCAGGGCAACCGACCACAGUCCCUCCCUCCCUGCCACAAGCCACGACUAAUGGCAACUCAGGGCAAGCCCCUUCUACGUCAUUGCCCAGCCAUGCCACAGCAACAAAUUAG